CAGUUCCUUGCUUUCAUUUCUGUUCUUCUAUGUUCUUCUUGGAACGUUGUAAAAUCCAAAGCAAGUGGUGGCAAAAUUGAAGCUUUGCAUGUUCUGGAAAAUAGCUUAAUAUUUUGUUCAGAUGUUCUGUACGCCCUUCCUCAGGCAAAUGUCAACAUGGAUGGGACUCGUCCCUGCUACAAAGAAGAACUUCAUCAGGUACCUGGAAGCUGGUUAUAGCUGCAUAAUCAUUCCAGGAGGAGUCCAAGAAAUCAUUUAUAUGAACCAUAAUUAUGAGGUUGCGUUUCUGAAACGAAGGCGCGGCUUUGUACAAGUUGCUAUUGAAACAGGCUCUCCUUUGGUCCCUGUCUUCUGCUUUGGUCAGACUAACGUGUAUAAAUGGUGGAAACCUCAAGGGAAAUUUUAUAUUCAUGUUGCUAGAGCAAUCCGUUUUGCACCGUUAAUAUUUUGGGGAGCCUUUGGAUCACCAAUCCCAUAUCGCAAGCCAAUAGACAUUAUAGUCGGAAGACCAAUUGAGAUCAGGCAAAAUUUGAACCCCUCAAGAGAAGAGGUUGCAGAAGUCCAUGCCCGCUUUGUAUCCGCUAUUGAGAAAUUAUUUGUGAGGUACAGAGAGGUCACAGGACUUAAUAACAUUGAACUGAAAAUUGUUUAA